AUGGCCGCACCCUUGGCUACGUUAUGCAAGGGUCACCGUGGCGUGCGAGAUCAGGCGCGUGUAUAUAUAGAUCGUGUUAAGAUAUGGGAAAUGCAAGGCAAUGCGCGGAGUAUUCAGGAUAUCAGUGCCAGUAUCCCAGCUAUCUGUGUAUGGCUGGCUACAGAGGUCGUUGAAGGACAUGACAUCACUAUGCAGGAUAUCGUCCGGGCUUCUGGGCUGUCCCCAUCCAAAUUUGAAAAGUCUGUCGAUCUUAUCCGCAAUGUGGUGACUUUGCCCACCUCGACAUCGCGGACGCGACUCCCUACGCGAAAAGCUGCUUUGACUUCCCAGUCUACCUCACUUGCUCAAACGAAAAAGCCCAAACUGGAUAAAGAGGCGCUUCUUGACAAAGCUAAGGCAAUUCAGCGCGGCAAGUUCGAACCGUCCAGUCCUUUCGAGCCCGCGGCUACCUCAAGCUCCAUGUCUUUUCGGGCCAUACUUCCUUCGCCUAUGGAGCCUAUGCAUCGCAAAAUCGAGCCGGCAGAAAGUCUUCCGAUCCUACCGCCGCCCAAGCCUGCACCACCCCCUAAGGUAAUCAAGAAGACACCCGUGCCUGCACCGUUAUCGAAGGAGCAAGAACAAGUGCAUACGCGUCUGCUCUCUGUCGGUAUCCCCAAGUUCCGAGAAGGCAUUAAGUUUGACGUGCAGCCCAGGAGAAAGCGUGGAAGGCCUCCUGCUGAACGGCUUACGACGCAGCAAAUUAAAGACAAAAUGUUCUUGGCGACGCUCUAUUCCACUCGCCCCGAGGAAACACCAUCCCAAGACGCUAGCGUUCCGGCACGCUAUGUACGACUUUCCCAACUGUCAUCCAAAGAAGCGCAUUGGAUGCGCCCACUUCCGAUACCAUUAGUUAUGUCCCAUGUCGACCCGUCCGCCCACCAAGUCUCCUACCAAGAGCUCUGGGCUGCCAGGGCGCGUCAGUGGCAUCUAUAG